AGGAUUAGCACCCGAAAGCUUUAUCGUGGUAUACAGGGCCCAGGCCGGCGCGUCAGAGAACCGAUGAAUGAUCCUUCGGGAUGCCCUUACGUUGAUUGCGGUGCCCUUACGUUGCUAUAUUUGCUUUGAGGGAUGAAAAUAAAGGACAAUGCUCUGCAUAAACUGUCAUGCAAUGGUAUAUAAGACAAUAGGACUUUCUCACCCCGGCGUUUGCGUAUGAUCCCGUGGGAUGGCUUCAGAAGAAACCCCCCUACUGACGUCAAGCAGCGAUGGCGAUAAAACUGCGCACGAAGCGAUUUAUGACUGGUUCACUCGACGUCGGAAGAGGUGGAUUGUGUUCAUUGUCUCUUGUGCGGGUUUAUUACCAAAGUUGGUUGCAGCGUCAUUCGUACCUUCCAUUCCCCAGGUAGCUAAGGAACUUCACUCCACACAUGCUGCUGUCAGCUUGACAGUCAGUCUGUCGACCUUUGCGACUGCCAUCGGAACGCUGGUUUGGGCUGCGUAUUCGUCUUUCUAUGGACGCCGAACAAUGUAUUUGUGCGGGAUACCGUUUUUAUUCAUUGGUAGCUGUGGUGUCGCGAUGUCGAAUUCGUUGCGGAGUCUGCUAUUCUGGCAGUUCAUUCAGACAUUCGGAUGCUCGGGAGGGUUGUCGUUAGGUGCUGGCGUAAUUGGUGACAUAUACAAAUUGGAGGAGCGCGGCAUUGGGAUUGGGAUAUUCUUGGGUGCCACGCUUUUCGGGUUUGCUGUUGCCCCGUUCCUUGGAGGUGUGGCGGCGCAGUAUUGGUCUUGGCGCAAUUUGCACUAUUGCCUUGCUGUAUGGAGCUUGCUCGAACUGCUUCUAAUAUACGUUUUGUUACCUGAAACGAGCCAUCCCGGCACACUGGGCAUCGAUAAACUAAAGCAAAGAAGACGGAUCCAUGUCGCCUGGGUGAAUCCUCUCAGAUCUCUCUGGCUACUUCGGAGUCCGAACUUAUUUGGAGUCAUGCUUGCGACGAGUCUAGCGCUCAUCACUGACUAUGUUCUCCUCGUACCACUGGCGUACACUAUCGGUGUACGGUAUGGCAUCACGAACAAAGCCAUCAUAGGAGCGUGUUUCCUCCCCAAUGGACUCGGAAACUUCAUCGGAGCGCCGCUUGCUGGCCGCUUAUCAGAUGUUUUAAUCAGGAAAUGGCAGAAGAAGCGCAAUGGAGUCUGGUCUCCAGAAGAUCGACUGAGAGCGACGUGGAUCGGGGGGCUGUUCAUGGUUCCAUUAUCCAUUGGAGUGUCAGGGCUGCUCACGACGUAUGUUGACGGUCCGGUCGGUCUUUUGUUGAAUUUAUUGUGUCUUUUUAUCAAUGGAAUGGGGGUCGUCUUCGUGUUAAACCCAAUUGGUUCUUAUAAUGUGGAUGUAGUACAUUCGCAAAGCGCAGAAAUCACAGCCGCCAACGCCGGCGUGAGGUCAUUCAUUCUGUCUGUCGCGACCGCUUUUGUCAUCCCAUCCAUCGAACGCAUUGGUGUUGCGUGGACGAACACCAUUGUAGCUGUCCUUGCACUUCUCGGACAAGGGAUUGUUUUCCUCACGAUUCGUUACGGAGACCGUAUGAGAGCUAGCGUGGAUGUUGGUUUCUCGACCAUAGAGAACAAUUGAUCGAUUGAGGUGACGAAGAAUGUAC